AUGUUGGCAUAUUCUUUUUAUUUCGUCCAAUAUGUUAUGAGGCUAGCUAAUUUUGUUUCAGUGCGACUUCGGAAGGAGUCAAACGAAUUGGAGAAGGGGUCAUCUACCAGUGAUUCGUCUCCAUGGGAGGAGAAAGCGAAACCUAUUCCUAUUCCAAGGAAACUCACCGGAAACAAUAAUUUUGUGGAACGAGACAGCCUGAAUUCUUACGCGGAUGACUACGAAUUUGACGUCGAAGACGAGAUAUUCGAUGAAAUAUCUCCAUCGGACAAGGAAGGCAAUCCUAAGUACGGUGGUUAUGUUAAUCUUUCGGAUUUUGUCGUUAUUCGAGACGACAAGGACACCUACGCAGACAUCUCAAGGCUGCAUUCAGAGCGACCAGCCCUUCCGGAGCAUAGGCCAAAAGUUUGGGUAAUAGAAGAUUUCCUUUCUGAUUUUCAGACUGGCUCUCCUUCACCACGUCGAUCGUGUAGCAGUAAGCGGUCAGCUCAUUCCUCUCCACGAGCGCACUCAUUCUCUUCGAUUUCUCCAAUUACUCCUGAGGCUCUGUACGCCGUCAGAGACAUUUCCGCGGAAAAACGCUCCGAUGAUGGCUACUACACUCCUCCUGAUGCGUCCCGACACACUGGAGACAUCCGCACGUCAUUAAUUCCGUCUUUUGAAACUGUAGAGAAGAGUGGCUACUGGAAUCAAAUGUCAGAUUCACGGUUAAAGUCCCUAAAAAGAAGAUUCGUUGUUCUUAAAAAUAACCAGCUGAGCUUUUAUCGGACGGCAGUGAGAGAGGACCCAUUAAUGAGAAUCCUAGUGUCAGACAUCAUAUCUGUAGUGAAGAUAUCCCAGCAAGGUUCUACUUAUGCAUUCCAGUUGGUUACUCAGUCAUCUAAAUACAAUUUUAUGACGGAAAGCGAACGGACCACUCACGAAUGGGUCUCUACUCUUAAUGCCGUUAUUAAAGGCUCGACCCUGAGGGAUCUGGCGACACGCUGUGCUCCGGUGGAGGCGUCAAUCAGCGGCUGGAUCACGAAGGUCCGCUGCGGUCACUCGAAGCGCGUGUAUGCCUCACUAGUCCGUGAUAAAUUAAUGUUCUUCAAAAACUCCGAAGAUACUAUUCCCUGUGGCUUCACGCAGCUGAAAUGUGCCUGUGUCAUGGAUAAACAGAAAAUUUCAUCAGAUGACUAUAGUGGCAGUAGCGACGAACAGAACCCCAAUAAAAGUCCACCUUCACACAAAAAGGAUUCUUAUUCGUUGAAUUUCCGUUGUUUCCAGAUAGCAAAUGAGGAUCCAUUGUACAUAGUGUUAAGGAGUAGCGAAGAAAAGGAGAAAUGGCUGUAUUUCUUACGAACUGCUAGUGGAGACGCCACCUUGUGUGGGUCCCCAUUCACUAUUCUUGUGCAGCGCAUGCUUGCCGAAGGGGGUACUCCAGAUUCUCCGCUAUGGGCAGACUUGUUACUAACCUCUUGUGAUGACAUGCCAAAAGAAACUCUGAUGGAGUUUGAAGAAGCAGAUAAGAAAAAAGCUCUCGAAAUUGCCAGAGCAAUGUACUUGUUCGUGUCAGUGUUGAUGCGUCCUACUGCCGCUCAGUACCACAUUGAUCUCGCACAGAAUAUUCUCUCAACUGCUAUGCAACACGAUUUUCUUCGUAACGAGGUGUACGCACAGCUCAUUAGGUUUACGAGCGGAACAAUGCCGUUUUCUAUCCAGGGAUGGAAACUGCUCGCUAUGGCAAUUCCGCUGUUCGUUCCCACUCAAUAUUCGCUCCUUUGGUUGCUAAAGAAACACAUUUCUCGAUGGUGCAUGAUGACACGCGAUGAGUCGGGCAUGGCUGAGUAUUGUCAGCGUUCUCUCGAAAGAGCACUACAGGUAGGAGGACGAGAAGCUGGACCUAGUCGGCUGGAGACGACAUCGGUUUUGACUAGAGAUCCAACCACUACCAAGUUUCCUCAUUCCAUAUCAGUGCGGCUACCAAACGGCCAGUACCAGGUUGUGGAGUUCGACGGAUCCACAGAAAUCGGUCAGUGCCUGUCGUCAUUAUGUCUGAAACUGGGUAUCCGACCGGCGUUGCUGUCCGGAUACGCACUCUACAUCGACGAUCCAAUCACGAAGGGUCUCCGGCUGCUCAAAGGAAAACAGAAGCUCUGUGACUGUCUCUACGAAUGGGAGGUUCGGCAGCGAGAUGUAUUACGAGGAAGGAUCUCAACAGACUUUACAGCUACCCUUUCGCUUCGGAUGCGCCACUAUUGGAGGCAUUUGGUUUCUAACGAGACUGCUAUGGAGAAAUCAUUCCUUGUUUGGCGAAUGGCGGAAGAACUAGUGUGUGGGCGGGUUCCCACAAGCCCUCAACUGGCUGAACAACUUGCUGCCCUUUAUGCACAGCUGUCCUAUGGAGAUGCUCCAGCUCAUAUAUCAGACGAGCAAUUCCACUUCAUUACAAAGCAGUUUUACCCAGCGAAAAUGCUUGAUGUUGCUUGCUUGAAAUCGCUCAGAUCCUCCGUGCAUUCGUGUUGGAGCGAGCUUUGUGGUAUGGGCGAAGUGGACUCGAUGAAAGUCAUCUUGCAGGUUCUUCGUAAAUGGCCCCUUUUCGGAUGUCACCUACAGGUGGCCGGAAUGAGGACUAGCAACGAACGCAAGGUGUUCCUCGCUUUGGCCGACACCGCCGUGCAUGUGGUCGAUCAUCGCCAUUUCGAAGUGAUUCGGUCGUUUCCAUACAACCGAUUGGCGUCAUUCGGUGGCUUUCACAACGACUUCAUGCUGACGGCUGAGCGAUUACUCCUCCCGGAAUCGCAUCCUGAGGAAACCAGUCGCGAGCGGGUCACGUUCAGUAUGGAGAAACAUGAACUCGAGCAGCUGACACUCCACCUCGCCGAAUAUAUCCGUUGCCAAAAACUCGUCUGGAAAGUCUCCAAGUAA